AGCUUUUGCGAUUUCUAAACAUAUCAAGAUUAAAUAGAACAAGGGUAAAGGGAAGAAAAUGACCGACAAGCAUGGCUGAGGGAAGAAAUCCUGUACUAAAGACACAUAAACAGGCCUCUGAUGUACUGUCAACUCAUCUGAAAGAAACAAGAGGGAAAACCCGCAAGAAAUCCCCACUCCCUCCCCCAACAGAGGAGGAAAUCAGGUCUGGGGUUCAUAGGAUUUUAGAAGAGUUCCUCAAGAAACAACUCUUAUUGAACAAUAAUGAAGAGAAUGCUGCAAUACCGACAUCUUAUCAAAAAGUGGUUGUGGAAGAUGUCAUAGAAACUGAUGGACCAGUCAGUGGAAGCACGUCUAAGGAGGGGUCCAGGUAUUCAUCACGGACAAGCUGUGCUAAAUGUCGCAGCGAGGCGGGCCAGUCCAUUCCUGGAGGGUCUAUCCGGUCUCUCACAGAUGGAACUGUAGAUUUUCCAUUCAUAGAUGGAGUAGAUGAUGAAGAGCCACCCCCAAAAGACCACACAGUGCGGUCUAAUAGUCUCCCAUCAAGUGUCCUGUCAAAAGUCACAAAUAAAGGCGAACCUUCCUCUGACCUAUCAAAAUCUCUCAGUCCAUCAAGACUAAGAGAAAUCAUUGCUGAUUCUAAAUCUGCAUUGAUUGAGGUUACAGAGGAAAGGGAGAGACAAGAUAAGCUGGUAGAUGUAAUCUCAGAAAGACCCAGCGGACUUAAGGACAUAGAAGAGGUGGGUAUAACCAGGGGACGCCAGAGAUUAAAGUCAGGGACAGAGUCCUCUGAAGACACAGACGAAGAAGAGAUUAUCUCCCCUGGACGCAAGAAGAAAUCGAUUUUUACUCGAUUGAGGGAACGUAUGAAUAGGAGUUUGAGUCGAGGAAGAGCGAAAGAAAUCGAGGGAGUUACACGACAGAGAUCUCAAUCAGACGCCUCCAUCAAAAAACGACGAAAGCAGAGAAAAAGGAAGGACGAAGGCACCAGUGUCGAUAAGAAUAGCCGAGUAAUACAGAAUGUUCACACUCACAAACAUGGACAUAUUGAACAACACCAUUAUACCAACGGGACGAAGUCGGGAAUGCUGGUGGAGAAGGAUGUCUGGGAAACGACUGACGUGACAGGAGAGUCAGAACACAGGCAUAAAGAGAAGCAUGCCAGCGUCAAGGAGAGCACGGAAUUAUCAGACAGUGACAGCGGGAUCCUCCGAAAACUGAAAAAAAUCACAUCCUUCAGGAAAUCCAAGAAAGACAAAUCUUCCUCCGCUAUCAAAGUAUCCAAAUCAGAUGAGCUUGACUUUGACCAUAAACGUCAUAAAUCUCCAAAAGCAGCCUACAACCGGUCAGUGUCCACAGGUCAAGGUUAUCAAGAGAGAGUGCAGGAAGGCCGAGAUCACACCCACCAUACCACCACCACCACCGUCAUCACCGGAGAGCAGACGUACGGACAAACUGACGAGUUGAUACCAGAGGGGCCGAUUCAGGGUGAGGUGAGAGAUCGCACCAGUAGGAACAAGUCCUUUGUCCUGGACUUUGAUACGUGUGAGAGGCAGCAGGUAUUGGUACGUCCAGACGGGACUGUGGACACAACAGUCAAACAGAGGUUCAAGGUCAAGAACUUUGAUGAAGGUCAUGAUGUUGAAGUAGAUGGAAAUGAAGAUCAAGGAAUGUGUCCCAGACAUGCAGUGUCCCAGCCAUCAGACCCAGAGAAGGACCGCUUGUACUCCGCCGUGGCUGAAAAGUUAGCUCAUAUAGGAGACCAGUAUAUGGCCACCAGUCCACUAUCGGAAAGCGGCAGUAGUUCUGUAGAACACACUCUCGGCAGACGCGUCAGUGCCAGGACGCCAAACUUAACGGGGGUCGAUGAGAGAGAUGGUGAAGGAUUGACGGAGCUGGAGAGACAGUUAAGAGACAGGCUUCGGGAAUUUGGGGAUAGUUUUGCUCUGAAUGUGUCCCCUGACUCUGUGAAGGACGCCGCGCUGGAGAUCGCUAAGCACGCCACCUACCAGACUUUCCAGGAGACGGUAAAUAACACGGUGGGGCCCGGAAACAGCUGGGAUCAGAUAGCAGCUGUGUUCUACCUCACAAAGAAAGCCAUUACCCUGGCGGGGGCCGGAGGGGCGGUGGCGCUGCAGGUGAAGGACUUAGCGGCGGAGUUUGUGGCGGAUAAGUUCGCCUCCUGGAUCGUGGAUCAGGGUGGAUGGAGAGACCCCCCAGAGAUGGCGUACUGGGACGGAGGGUCUGGGACCCACGAUGGGAGACGAGUACCUCCCACCUCCGACGUCCGACAGAUUCCGUCCCCUAACUCCGAGCAAAUGACUCCAGACACAGAGGAAAACGUAAUUGACGAGGCGGAGGACGUGAUCAGGAAUUUUAUUUACGAGAGUUAUCGGCAUCAGUUGGAGGAAGAGCCGCCCGACACCUCCACGCCAACAGUCCCGGAGCUGUGUAAUUUUACAACAGAUCCAGUCAGUCGAGCCUCCCAGGUUGGUAGACAGUUGGCCAGAAUAGGUGACGAUAUUAACAGGAGAUACGCUGAUGAUUUCAAAGACAUGAUCUCUCAGCUGAAUGUGACGGAGGAAACGGCUUACGACGUGUUCGCUGGAGUGGCUAAAAAGCUGUUUGCUGAUGAAAUUAAUUGGGGACGUGUAGCCGCUCUUAUGUGCCUCGCUUACCGAAUCACCAUGACAGUAGUCAAGGAACGAGCCAAAAAGUUUGCACAAUUCCUGAAGAUCAUUGUCAGUCAUGUGGUUCGAUUCAUCAAGGAGAAGAUAGCUGGAUGGAUUGCUCAACAAGGGGGAUGGAGUGCGGCUCUCCAGUACUCCCCCUCUCCGAGUUUUACCACUCUCUCUAUCGUUGUAGGAUCCUGUAUGGUUGCCAUAGCAGCAGUAUUUUACUUCAGCAAGAAGAGCUGAAGCCCGAGGAUAACGGAAAUCCAUAAAACACGCACAAUAACCAUGCUGACUGCUGGUUCUUAGUGUACUGACAAACUGAUCUGUGAUCAUUUAGUUCAGGAAUGUGUCCCUUUGUAUGAGCUGAACAUCAAAUGUGUGCCGAAAGAAUUCUAUUUGAAGUGAACUUCACCAUUUGUAGGGAUAUUCACCAUGGAAAUAAUGUUUUCAAGGUCUUAAUGGUUUAACCAUUUUCUGUAAUCUCUAAAUUCCUUCUUUCUGAAAUCAGAAUUGAAAUGUGGCAGGGAGAAUCCAUCUUUAUGUUUUCUUACUUUUCAUCUUAAAAUGGUUAAGUCACCUGAAAGCAGCUCAUUUCCAAGCCCUGAUCUCAACACCCAGGAUAUCAGUGUGUAACACUGUGUCCUUGUGUGUCCAAUCUGCUCAGAUUGUAGGUAGAUUAUGCAAUGAAUUACACCCUAGCAGGAGAUUUUAUAUAGGGCAUCUAUGGUGCAGUAGAUUCUAGAAGCAAUAUAUUUAUUAGAACUUAGUUUUAGAAUAAAUUAUUUCAUAUUUGUGGUUCAACUCUAAUUUCAGUUAACAGUAAUUAAAUUUUCUAAGUUGUUUGGCAUCUUUUUCUGAACCUAAUUAAAAUGAAUAUAAAUUGUUGCAAACUUUAAACC